GACAACGUUGGAUUCAUUCAAAAACUGUUGCCAUAAAUGGAAGCAGACGAAGAAAGUGAAAAAACUUUGCAUGAUGAUGAUUGAACAUAAAGAAAAGAUUUUUUGGACAUUGUAAAAGAACGAGCCUGCACAUGUGAAAAAGAAAGAUCAGAUGAAGCACGUGCAAGCAAGCAAUUGAGGUUGCAAUGAUUGUCAAAAAAAUGAUGUCAGUGUGCAUGGAGAGUGACUGCAAAGGUUGCAACGGUAUUAUUAAUCCAUUUGAUUGUUUAUGACGGUGUAAAGUAGAUGUUCUUCUUUCAUUAAAUGAUUCAAAAGGUGCAGUAAAGGUUGAUGCAGAAAAGUGCGAUGAAAAAAAGACAAAGUUGUCGAAAAGAAACUACAUAGGCAUUGAAUGUUUGAUUUUGGUAUAAAGGGCAGGAAUGACAAAGAUGUUUAGUGUUGAAGCAAGCAAUUGCAUUUGUCAAAAACCUAUGAAAGGGAAACAUUUUAUUUUGGUGAGUGAAGGUACCUUUGAGGAUCACAUUUUCUUGGGUGUUGUUUUCUAAGUCAUCAUGGGUUAACAGAGGAGGGCUUCCCUCUACUUCAACAUGUUCUGCAAAGAUGGCUCCUUCAAUUUUGGUAAGACUGUUUCAAAAAAUUCAGAGAUUGAUAAAGAUACCAUUAGUUUCUGUGGUCCAAGCACAAAAAAAAUAUUGUGAAGAUUAAAGAGGAUACAAGGCAAUUUCUAGGCAUUGUUUAACGAUUGGUAGGAAGAUGUAUAACGCUGUGUAUGUUGUCUCCUUACUCAGUGAAAAGCAGGCAGAUGAGUUGGAGGUUGCCCUGGAGCUGAGAGGACUUUUGCUGCUGCUGCAAAGAAGAUUCUGGAUUAGCAUGAGGUGGACCGAGGAUUGCUCAGGUUAUUGGCUCAAUGGAGGGGGAGUGCUAGAGCUCGAUGCAUCAGCUGUUAUGCUUGUUGAAGCCACUGUGAGAUGUGUCUAUGCAUCAACAGGGGUGCUGUCCAGCCCCUCGUUCGAGUCAUCAUCAGAUACGUUUGUGACAACGAUGCCACAUCGAUUUAUCACUGAUCUGAAGGCUCCCAAACACGGAUGGAAAACAGCAGCAAUUGCUGAAAACGUUGAAUUUUAA